AAUUGUUGUCACUUCUUCCCAGAUCUCUCUCUCUCUCUCUCGAACAGCAGUUGUCCGUCUUCGGAACGAGAUCUGGAUUUCCCUUAUCCUGGUCAUCAGGACCGCUUCAGCAAAUUAAAAAAGCAAGAUACAUAUAUAGCAGCCUCUUACAAAUUGGUAGAAGCCUAAUCUUGGUGAUGGCAUCUCUAAACUUGACGACACCCACCUCAAAGCCGACAACCCUCAUCCCUUCCAAGCCUCAUCAAGUUACAAUUAAUGCAUCCUUAUGCUUUAAAAAUUGCAGCAGAAGCUUAUUAGGACGGCGAGAAGUGGCCAUCUCCCUAGCUGCUUCAGGGCUAUUGCUUGGUUGUGUGUCAGCACCAGGCCGAACAUUUGCAGCGGCGGAAGUGGACGAAGAGUACGUGAAGGAAACAGCCGAGGUGAUAAACAAGGUGAGGUCUACAGUCAAUAUGGACAGGAAGGAUCCUAACGUGGCGUCGGCAGUGGCCGAGCUGCGUGAGGCAUCCAACAUUUGGGUGGCCAAGUACCGCAGGGAGAAGUCUCUGCUCGGUCGGGCCUCAUUCCGUGACAUGUACUCAGCUAUCAAUGCGGUCUCUGGCCACUACAUCAACUUUGGUCCCACUGCUCCUAUACCCGCCAAGCGCAAGGCCAGGAUCCUCGAGGAGGUCGACACCGCUGAGAAGGCUCUGCUCCGGGGAAGGUAGCUAGCCACACAGGUUCCACGAAUGCGCGCGCAUAUAUCCGCAAAUGUUGUUGCGUUAUAUCCACGAUUUCAGCUUCUUAAUUAUGAGUUGCUUCUCAAUUUGCCUUUUUUUUGGUUAUCCCCAUAUAUCGGUUAAUGUAAACUGCGGGGGUUUUUUUUUUCUUUUUUCUUUCUUCUUUCUUCGUGAUAGUAAGUUCGAGACAAGUCUACAUAGCUGCUAUUAAUUGCAGAUUCUUAUGGCUUCGGCUUGCCAGAUUCUAUUAACUCUUCUUC